AUGCUCGGUGAGCUCAGCAGGCGCUGCAGGGCCGCCGGAGCGGGGCCCUCCCCGCCCGGGCUCGCGGUCGAGUGGGCGGGCCCGGGCGCAGCGAGCCCCCGCCGGGAGGCCGGGGAAGGAGGGGAAGAUGGCGGAGUGAGGGGCGGAGGAGGCGGAGGGGCCGGGCCGGCCGCGGCCCCGCGGCCUCGGCCGCGCUCAGGUGAGUGCGGCGGGAGCGGCGGCCGCGUCCAGCCCGGAGCCUGGUGCCGGAUCCCUGAUUGGGCUGGGACCGAGCGCCCGCGCACCCUCCUCCCCGUCCCGCCCCGUGGCCGGGCUGGGCCCGCGCUCGGGCUCGCUCCCGCGGCGCCGGGCCGGAGCAGCGGGAGCGGCUGGCCGCCCUCGCCGCGCCGGCCCCGGGCGAGGAGCGCGCCGCUGUCCGUGUGGGGACGGACCGCAGCCGGAACCGGGCCGGUGCUGCCCGCUCGCCGCCCUGAAAAGUCUGAGCAACUUGGGCGCUGGGGACGAGGGCGUCCCGGCGCUCCGGGCUGCCGCAGAGGGCCGAGCGGGAGAGCCUGCUCCCCGCACGGCCAUAGCCCGCAGCCCGCGGGGACAGCUGCGGCCGGCAGCCACCUGCGGGAGGGAAACCCAAAUGUGACAUCCGAACUGAGGCUUCGCAUGUCUGGCUACGAGCACAGCGCCGAAUGCUGCUACGCUGCUGUUAUCGUUCUUAUUCAUGCGCUCACUGAAGAGGAUGUGGAAUAUUCAAAAAUAAUGCUCUCCAGGUCUGUUUUUCCACAUCUUCAUAAGAAUAAGACUUUCCCAACAGUCUGAGUGUCGAUGAUCAACAAUGAUCAGCUGAAAUAUUUGAGUGACUCAAGAGAGAUAUCGAUAGUGACAUGUACUAUAUUUCCAUUUUCACGGUCUACUCACUGCUUCUAAUGUAGGAGCUGAAAAUUGUCACUGGAAGACUAUUUCUGGACUUGAUCAAUGGAAUGGUUAAGAGAUCCUCUCCUAAGAAGGUGGUCCUCUUACUUGCUCAAAGGCUAUGAAAUGUGGAUAUUUCUCUUCUAGCAAGCAAAACCCAUCCUUCAUUUCCAUGGAGCUGAAUGAACAAAGAUCUGUCCACUUCUGUUUGAAUCAUCUCACCAGACAUUUGAUUCACCAGAUGACUUCCCCCACAGAAGUAGCCCACUGUUUUAUCCAAACUCAGAAGCAGAGUAACAGAAAUCGGGAUUUGUUUUCCUGAAAAAAUGUCUUCUGUGCCAGCUCUUCAUUCAGCUUUCUGCAUUCCGUUUUAAAACGAAAAAUACUUUGUAAUGAGAUGCAAGCAGAAGCUGGUGUUUUUUGCUGGUAUUUCCUUCUUAAUUUUAGGAAGGUUAAGUACUUUGCUGUGUCAAAUUGGAAUUCCUAGCAGAUAAAAUGCAUUGCUGUGUCAGACUGACCUGAUAUACAUGAAAAGUUGCAGCAGGAAAACCAGAAUGUUUUCUGCUCUGACACGAGGAAGAAACUUACCAAACAACUAGGGGCAUCUCAUACAGGUAUUUUCUAGUCCAGGUCCCAGGCUUGACUUUGUAGAUAGGUGUGAACUUACAUAACGCAGCUAAUGCACAAGAACAAAUACAGAAUCACCUUGUCCAUACUAUGUAUCCCAGGCUGUGAUCAAAAUGUAUAUUUGCAUGUGUGAACCUCUGUAAGUGCAGGAUAUGAAGAGCUUUCACCUGAAGAAGAAAUUACUCUGCAUAAUUUCAUUUUUAGCAAAGAAAAAAGAAGCUUUGAAGGCCUCUGGGGUAACAGGAUAAUGACUAGGCUUGCAUUAAAUCAUUACCUUCCUCAGGCUUUUAAUGAAUCCUUAGCAUCAAAAGGAGCAAGACCAUUCUACAGUAGAAGAGAAGGGCAGAACAUCUUUCUUUAUAUAGAAAUUAACUUCUGAUGGGAUGGAAGAGACCAGAGCUGUAAAGUUGCAGUUUCUCUACCUGGCUUCCUCGACACAAUUUCAGCUUUUCCUACUGCUGAUGAAAUCUCAUUUUUUGAUUCUUUCAUGCCUGAGAGGACCUGUGUGUUUCCUCCAUCUAGGUAGAAAUAGGCCCAAGAAAAUGGAAUGUUAGCCACGUAAGAGGGAUGAGUUGAGAGCAGAAAUACCUAGUUCAGUCCUUUUUCUGGCUCUUCUUAUUCCUUCCCAAACUAAGGCACAAUCUGGUUGUUCUCAUGUUUACACAAGAUUCUUUGUCUAUGUAAUUUGUGAUUAUAUAGGAUUUUUUCUGUCGUUCUGGGAUGGGAGCAUAUAUUGUUUACAUGCUCCCUACUAUGGGAUUAUCUAUAACAAGUAAGAUUUUUGGCAAAAAACUACCAGAACUGGGAUAUGUAUUAUAUUCCACCUCAAAUCUGAAACUCUUUUUAGUGCACCUUAUUCCAAGCUUGUGAUUUAAAAAUGUGGCUUGCUAGCUUAAAGUAUGUGAGAUACUAAAAUGGUUGGGGAAGUGUUCUAGAUUUCUUGUUCUGUUUUUCCUUUUAGAAAACUGCUGGAGAGAGCCAGACAGCCUGAAAAUGGCUGAAAAAGCAAACAAUUGAAAUCCUUCUUAAAUCUUGGUGAUUGAUUGCCAGGGCAGCAUUCUAGUAUGAAAAAUGUAGUGACAUUUUAUGGGACCAAGUUCCAUAGCAGAGUGAGGACAAGUGUUGAUGUUGAUCCUAAUUGUCCAAGUCAUGUCUGUGUUUAGACUUGUUUUGUAACAAUAGGAUUUAAUGACAGCUUUACCCAUUUUGUGUUUCCAUGAAGCAAAGAACAGACACGUAAGCUUAAGAGUGGCGGGCAGGACGCUGCCUAUCAAAAUAAUGCCAACUUCAAUGAGCAGAGAGGUGCUCUAAAAUUGUGUGUAACAUUGUGGUGAGCUGUGUGAUAAGAGUUAACAUUGAGCUUGAUGAGGCAACCACCAGCUUGGCCUGACUUUGCUGAAUAUGGUCUGAGCUUUCUGGCAUUGGAGGCAACUAGAAAAGCACACUUUAUUUUAGGGCCUCCUUAUGUUGAAGUCAAUAGGAUUUAAUGGAGAUGUCUGUAGAAGCAGGAUCCAUCUCUAAGUGAUGGAAAAUACUGUCAAUAUCAUAGGAUUACAGUGGUUGGGAAGUAUGUGGUAUAAGAAAUGUCUGAUUUUAGAUCUGGGAAUUUUCUUCUGCCCAUACUUUACCCGUCUGAUGUUAGAGAUAGCAGUUGUUUCUUGCACAGCUUGAUGACAAAAUACUUGGGGGCAGGAAGGUAUUUUUGUUUUCUGUGGACAUGUACAAAAAUUGCAAAUUUGCCUGACUAGAGAGUUGAUAAUCUAAGCUCCUUAAACUCAAUAUUUUGUAACCUGGCAUUGUAACAAAAAAAGUAGAAUUACUGAUUUUUUUCCUAACUCCUGUUCAUGGCAGUGUAGCAGCAUUAGUUUUUGAGUUUAAUUUUAGAACAUCAGGAUUUUAUUAGAUUAAGGAUCUGAUCUGUGGCUUUCACAGAAGUAAUAUUCCAAUAGUGCAUGCCCAGAAGACCCCCUUUUGCUGUACCUUCCUGGCCAGCACCUUUAAAGAGCUGCUGUGUUUGGAAAUGCUGCUUCAUCUGACUCACUCUUCCUUGCUCCGCUUUUUCUUUGUGUUGGUUGGAAAUCUUCCCAUGUGAAAGAUUACAAAAACAAGGGGCAUGUGCAAUAGCUCAUAUAUAUAUAUAUACAUAUAUAUAUUUUAAUACUUGUGGACAAAAUGAUGUUACAAGUUGUUUGAAAACAACAAAAUCACCAAUGUCUUCCAUUUUGAGAUGUGUAUAGUUCCAUAAGCAUUAGUGCUUUGUAGCAAACUGUAGUGCCAUGUUAGGACCAGUGCAUGAGCCUAGUAGUAUUUUUACAAUUUCUGAGUGACAAAUUUAUUAGUAAACAGUGAUGAUAAUGUAAUUAACACUAGAAAGGAUACAAUAGGAAUGUCACAAACAUGGUCUAAACAUGCAGUAUCCUCCCUUUGACAAUGGCAAUGCUAUCCUUAGAAAUGGAACUCAUUCACUUAAUGGGCUUCAUAGAAUCAUAGUUGACUUUUUGAUAUUUGUCUGUCUGUCCAACUGCAGUAGUAAGCUAGAGUAUGCAAGUAUCCGUAAUUCUCAUCCCUAUCGGUGUGAUUCUUUUCUUUUAAAUAUUUGUUGGUGUUUUCUUCCAUUUUCAAUUUUAUUGAACCAUCUAUUACUCAUCCUGUGAUAUACUCACAAAAGUAUGAAUAUGCUAAGGAGUUUGUGUGCAUUCUGUACACAUCUCUUACCUUCAGAUAAUUUACAAAGUCUGUUAAGUAAUCUUGUCUUUUUUUCACAUCUAACUUUAUUAUAGCUAGCAAAACAUUAUCCUCAUUGUGUGGUAAGUUAAUAGUUGCAAAAUGUGAUGUGCUAAUUAUGCAUAGAAGACUUCCCUCCAUUACUGCAGGAAUGGGGAACCUUUUUUGGCUGAAAUCCUAUUGAAUCUUAAAAUAACUUUGGUGGAUCCUGCAUUUACAUACAUCUUAAUAAGAGAGAAUACGUUAAGGUCAGAGGCUGUUGGAAAACGAUGUUGCAGGCUGUGUCUGUGCAGCAGGCUGUCUCUAGCCAAUGGAUCAGAGAUUCCCCACCCCUGUAUUAUUGAGAAUUCAGUUUUGCUUUCCAGCUCUAAGCUCAGUUUUAAUGAUUUCUGUCUCUCCCUCUGCUUUUUUCAGAAGGAAAGUUUAGACCAGGGAAGUGAAAUUGAUUUAGCACUCAAUGGACAGCUUGGACUGGUCAAAUAGGAGACUGGUAUGAUUCUGAGAUGUGCAUUGCUCUGUGGAUGGCAUCCUCUGAUUUCCUAGGAAUAAGUCUUUUAUUUGAUGCCAGUGCUGCUCUUCACCCAUUUCUCUCUUUCAGCUUAGAGAGGAUACUGCAUCUUUUUUUCCUGAGACCUGCCUGUAAAUGGCCAUUAGGGGGAGGGAGGGAAUGGGUAGCUUGGUUUUGUAAUUUUGGUACGAUAUAUCUUUAAAGUAAUUAAUCAAGAAGCAUGUAUUUCCGUGCAAUGACAGUAAUCCAGGCAGAGUUAAUGUAUGUAACAGGGAAAAAAAAACCCCAACAAAACCAACCAAACAACCCUCUGCAUCUAAUGAAUUUCUGAGAAAAUUGGACAGGUGGGCCAUUUACAGCAGAGCUCUGGGGGACCUGUGCUAAGAGUCAGGUUCAAUUCUAAAUGGACAUAGCUGUACCAUUGAAUAAAGUAGUUUAGUGCUUGGGAGAAUCAAUUGAAAAAUACCUCUGAAACUGGAAUGCAAAAUAGCACAGUAUGUAGGGGGAAGAAUCCCUGAUGCAAACAAAGCCAUAAGAUGAUUUAAUAAGAAAAUAGAACUUUAGUAGCAAUAACUGUUUUGCAUGUGAUAGUAAAUAACUUGCAUUAGCAAGACUGUACAGUAGAGUAAGUGGGUAAUAACCAAAUAAGUUUGUGGCGCUCUGUGCUGCAGGGAGUUGUGUGAAGAGUCUUCCUGAGAAGAAGGGUGAAUUCUUCUUAUGUUCCUCUCAUUGGAGGGAAUUUGGCACUUGAAUACUAAGUUAAUGAACUUGAUACGUAUAUUAAAAAAAGAAAAGAAAAAUUAGCUUUGCCACAUGUCUGAAGCACUGUCAGUGAGUGCUGGGGGGAGGGCAGACAGUUCUCUUUGAAAGGAUAGCUGUAGUUUUUCUUUCUCUGUAGCCUAGCACUUGCUCUAUUUCUCUGAGAAACUAAACUUUUCCAAAUACUGUACUGUGAAGAGAACCUGAUUCUAAAGUGAGAAGUUCUUUGUGAUGGGAAGUGAUUUUUGUUUUCUUUCAUUAUAAAGACCAAUCUGAGGUAGUCUUUAAAUAAAAAACCCCAAAACAUUAGAGAGCGCUUGACCCUCAAAACAUUUGUGCAUGCCAAGCACAACUGUAGAGUCUAAAGAUGCCACAGCAGAAAAUAAUUUCAGCUUUGCUAAACACUGUUGCAGACCAUAAUUGAUUUCAGUUGAUGCCUGAAGUUUUGCAGGGGAAAGUACUGUGAAGCCUCUGGUAACACAGAGGGUUAUUGAUUUUCACCUGUAGAUCUGCAUCCAGAAAAUUAUUUGCUAUGAAAGGGUUGCAUAGAAGAGCCACAGGAGUUCUAAACUGUUCCUAGUUGGCACUUUUCAGUGUAGGUAUCUCAUCAAAGACACAGUGAGCCCCAACAUAUAGUAGUGUAUUCUGAACAUAAUCAGAGGUUUAGAUCAGUCUGGCUGCAUUUCUUCUGGAAAGCUGAAGUAAUUUAGACUGUAAGCUUCCAGCUUAAUGGAGGCUUCUUGCCUCCAUUAAAGCGUGGGGGUGAAGCACUUUGGCUCUUCAUAAAUAGAUAGUGGAACUGUGAGGGCUAUGAGCAUUUUUGCAGUAUAAAGUAACAGGAUAAACAUGAGACUGUCUAAAUUAAGUGUUGGCUAACAUGUAAUAUGCUUAUGAAAACUAAUUGAUCUGAAAGAUUAUAAUCAGCUUAAAUUCCAGCUAUUGAUUUUUUGAUAAAAUUGGAAGCUCGCCAUAGGGGACCUUCAUUUGAUUGCUCUCUGAUUAGAGAAAUUAUGAAAUUAUGUGGUCUGUGAUUGACAAAUACAUUUACAUAAUAAUGAAAUUGUAAUGAAAACAAAGUCACAUUCAUGCUUCAGAAGUAUCAACUUUGUGGCUGAACAGAAUUCUUCAAGGGUAUAUCCACUCAGAACGGAGGGGAGGAAAUAAAAGACUCACAUAGCCAGGCAAGCUAUCUACAUAUACUUCCCAGUUCAGGCUUUUAAUAAGGAUCUGAAUUCUGUGGGCUGCUAGACUAGGAAUUACUAUUCACAGCAACAAAAGGAAUCCCUUUGCCUUUCAGCUCUUGUACUGUGACAUGACUUUUGCUUCAACCUCCUUGAUUUAACAGCUUCUAAACUGAAGUGGAAGUGUCAGGUGCUACCACUCUUGGGUGUGCUAUAUCAAAAGGUGUAAUGACCAGUAUGGACAUACCUCCUAAGCAGUACUAAACCCAGAUGAUACAAAUAUGUUCUCUUUGUAUAUCCAGUAGUGCUGCUGCAGAAGGUCUAGCCACUACUUGUGUUGGGAAAUGUACCUUCUGAAACUGAGGGUAUUUGUCAAAUUUAUGAGAAAGAAGAAAGUCUUGCAAAGACUUCUUGAUAGUAAGUGGGAACAAAUUGUACUGAGCUUGAGGAUACUGACACUUUACAUGAGGAUUACAUUGUCAAGAACUGGCAGUCUGGCUUUUUGGGGGGCAGAAAAGGAAAAAAUAUUGAAGAUAGAACUAUUUUUGGUGUAUAACAAAUCUUAGAAAUCACUGCUUCUUGCAUCCUUAGGAAACUGACUGGUCUUCCUCCAAAACUAAUAAUCCUGCUUGCUGAUCAGGUACAGAGCUGCAAAAUGACAAUUCAAGUUAGAUUCCACUGGAUUUCUUUCAUGGAACGAUCCAGCAUUUUGUCCCUGUAGCACUUUGACUGGCACACAAAAGCCAACAGUUGAAUCAGGGUGUCUUGUUCAACAGUGCACAGCACUAACCAUGGAUUCUGAUGUCUGUUCCCUUUCAAUCUCUACACUUCCUCCUGCAUUUUAGAGAAAGUGUCAGUGUUCGUGAUGUCAGCAGAGCAUGUUUCUGUCUCUGAGCCUGUGUACCGGGUUAUAAUAUAGACAAACUCCCAAGACUUUUACCCCAUCUAAAGUUAAAGGUAGAAGGUACCUUUCUGUUCAGUGUGUCCUAUGUAAAUCCUGUCUGCUUCUCUCCACUUCCCCUCCAAAUGAGUGUGUUUGCAGGUCAAAUAAAAGGCAGGUAGUUUGCAAUGCCUUUGGCAUGAAGAACUGCAUGGAGAAACUGAAGGAAAGCGGCACAGGCCCACAAACCAAAUCUUAGAGCUAGUAUUCUAAUUAUGCAUGAUUCAAAAUGUCUAGUGUAAUGUAGUUAUUACCAGUAAAUUGAGAUAUGCAUUUAUACAUAAUGAAGCAAUAGGAAUUAAUAUACCAAUAGCUUGAACUUCCUGCUUUGAUUCUCAAAUUUUGGGUUUUUUUAGAGAAUGUGCUGCCUCUGUAGAGAAGGGGGCAGAAUGUAUAGAUAGGGACAGAAGCAUGGCACCAAAACUGUAAAUCAGGAACUGGGGUCAGCAGAACUCGCCUUUAUAACCUCUAGUCUGGUUCAUAUCACUGUCCUGAGCAUGUAAAAAGCAGGGCAUGAACUAAGCAUGUUUAGAGGCGAGAGGAGGUUUCUCACCUGCUGCAGCUGUAGCAAGGAAAAGGGUGCAGAGUUUCUUACAUGGUGCAGGGGAGCGACUGGUGGGAAGGAAAAAAACCAAACCCACAAAAAAAUCACCCCAAAACCCAAGCUGACAAAUGAGUAACAGAAACCACAGACUCAAAUUGAGUGUAGUAUUUGCCAGACAGUAGGUAAUAAACUUGAGUGUGGUGAGAGAAAUUAUUUGGAGAAUACUGAAAUUAAUAAGCACAGUACAUAUUUUUCAGGUGUUGAAUAGCUUUUUAAGAGACAGUAUUUUCAGGUAACUCUAGCCACAUAGGCAGCUGUACUGAAGCAUACUGGUACUAGCCAGCAAUAAUGGCAUCUGCAGGAAUGAACCUGAAAAUACUGGUAAUCUUGUAUAUUUUUUAAGUUCUUUAAAGAGAUUUUUAAAAACAGAAAAUGAGAUUUAAUCACUGAAGGUCUUUAUCUGCUGCAACAGAGGUUGCAAUUGUCUUUUUUUCUUUAUGUCACUUACUAGAUAAAAGGGAAUUUGGGUGCCAUCUUUCUGUAAACUCUUAGUGUGUUCUCUGUAAUUCAAGUCUCUUAGUGGAUAAUGCAGUCAAUUUCUGCCAGCAGUUUGAAAGUAAGAGAAUGUGUGGCAUAGCCUACAUCACCAAUACUUUUCCAAGUUUAAACUUGUAAUUAAACAUACAGAAUACUGGCUUGUAAUUGCAGAAUUCCAUACUUGUAGCUUAGCUUAAUUUUGUAAGUGGGCUUAACUUGUGCAGAACACUUCUCCAUGUACAGAGGCUCAGUCCUCUCUCUUAAGCAGAAAGUGUCUUGGAAGAAAAGGUGUGUCAAGUUAACUCCUGUUCAUACUUCAUAGCCAGCCAUUCAUAAAGCACUGUGUUUUGGGUUUAGAAUGGGAAUUGUGGUUUUACCCAUGAAUGCUCUUUUUAAAUAUGUAAGGAUUGCCAAAUGGAGAUAUGAAUAUUAUAAGAGAAGGUAACUAUUCCAUGGUAUCACAAGUAGGACUGAAUGAAAGUCUUUGAGCCAGCUUCUUCAAGAAACAAGAAAAUUUCUAAGGCAAAGUUACCCCAGUGGUUAACCAUGGUCAUUUUUAAUUCUUUAGAACACUAUGCAUGGUUUUAAGGUCUGUUAAAUACUGUAAUGAGUAAGCCAUUGUAUCCUUUGUAUUUCCCUUCAGUAUAACUUGGGGAAUAAGCUACUUCAGGAUAUCAGUGAAGUUAUUUUCCUUUUGAAAAAAUAUAACAGCAAAGGAAAAGUAUUAGGUAUAAAUUCCUAAAAAUUACCUUAGUACUUAAUAGGCUAAAGAGUACUUAUACUGAACUUCUGAUAGCAUUCUUGCAUGGAUUAGUGGAGGAAAUUAUUGGUGUGACUACAAACUAUGUACUCCCAUUGCACACGUUUUACAUGGUAACAGUGAAAGAAUGUCUCCCUGCAAAUUCUGUUUUUCUCCAAAAGGCAGCUUGCUUUUAUAUCUAUGCAUCUUUGAGGAUUUCAAGAUAAGAUUUUAUUAUUUUGACACUGUAAAGAGGAACUGUUUAAAAAUGAACCUGGAAACUCUGCACCUGUAUACAAACUUUUUUAGCAAUAAAGCAGCACAGGCUGAGAAUGCACUAAAA